CUCGACCUCCGCGUUUGCGCUCUUAGCGCAGUGUUUUUGGGGUUGCUCUUCCCUUGUCUGAAAACCAGCCCUGAGUUUAGCAAGCGAAAAGGCUGCUCGGAUGAGCAGCUUUUUGCACACAACCAAACCUCCCAUGCCCGAUGCAUUUUUGUGAGUAAGCCGGGAACCGGAGAUGCCCCACAGUCUGCUGCAUCCCCAUUGCUGGGCUGAGCAAAAACAUGUUCUUUUGGUCCCAUUUUAUUGCAUUGCUUGGUUUCGGGCGGCCACCCGGGGUGGUGGCACCUGUGUGGCCACCAGAAAAUCCAGCCGGGCUCGUGGGUCCGCAUCCCGCACUGCCGUCACCGGCGGCCGCUCGCCGGGCUCCUUCCUCCCGCGGUUUUGCAUCACGCCGCGCUCCCAGCUUCCAGCCCCACUGCAUGUCUCAGCCGUGACAAGGUGGGGGUCAGGCUGGCUUUGCUCAAUUGGCAGCAAGGGGAGGAACGAGCAAGCAUGGACUUCAUGCAAUAGGGCUGCGUCUGCCCGGCCGUCGCGCCCCGCGGGCCGUGAGCCUCGGCCCUCCUCCGGGAGGAAACUCGCAGGGUGCCCGAUAAGCAGCGCAAAGCUAACAAAACCGGGAAAAUCCCUCCCUCGAGAUAAACCCGGCUGGUGAAACAGCCCUGUGCAGUACCAGUUCUCGAGUCCCCGAGGUGGGGCCGUGCCACGGCGCCCGCUCCCAGCCGGGCGGCAGCUCCUGCCGCGGAGGCUCCCGCAGUGCAGACCGGUGUCGGCGCUGACGGCGAGGCGGGGAAGGGAGCACCGCGGUCUCCGGAGCGGAGCCAUGGCCAAGGAGGCGAGCGGCGGCCGCACCACCGCCUCGCCGCUCUCCCGCAGCCCCGCGACGCAGCCCGGCCUCGCCGGCGGCUUGCUGGGCAGCAUCCCGCUACCCAAAUGGGCACUCAUUGCUGUGACCGUCGCUGUGGCCGUUCUCCUCCUCCUCUUCCUCGUCUGCAUCAUCAAGUGCUGCUGCGGCAAGAAGAAGCCCAAGAAGAAGGAGAAAGUCAACCUGCUUUCCUUCAGCGGCCCCACCGCAGCCAGCCUUGUGCAGCCCGGAAUGGAAGGCCUGGAGUGCAGCCCCGAGGACAAGAGCCGCGGGAAGCUGCAGUAUUCCCUGGAGUACAACCUCCGCGCGCAGCAGGUGAAAGUCGGUGUGCAGCAGGCAGCCGACCUGCAGGCCAUGGACAGCGGGGGGACGUCUGAUCCAUACGUUAUUGUGUACCUAACAUCCGAUGUGAAGAAGAAGUACGAGACCAAGGUUUACCGCAAGACCCUGAACCCUGUCUUCAAUGAGAGCUUCACUUUCCAGGUGCCCCAGGCAGAGGUGCCCGAAUCCACGCUGGUGAUGCAGGUCUAUGACUUCAACCGCUUUGCCAAGCACGACAUCAUUGGGGAGGUCCGCCUGCCCCUGGCCAGUGUCAACCUGCAGCGUGUCAUCGAGCAGUGGAGCGACCUCGCGGCCGCCAGCGAAGUGGAGCAAGAGCAGCUUGGCGAGGUCUGCUUCUCCCUCCGCUACGUCCCCAGCACCGGCAAGCUGACUGUGGUGAUCCUCGAAGCCAAGAAGCUUAAGAGGAUGGACUCCCACGGGCUCUCAGAUCCUUUUGUCAAGGUGCAUCUCAUCCUGAACAGGAAGAAGUGGAAGAAGAAGACGACAAGUGUGAAGAAAAACACCUUAAGCCCUUACUUCAAUGAGGCGUUUGUUUUUGAGGUGCCUUUCAGUCAGAUUCAGAACGUGGACUUGGUCAUCUCCGUUUGGGACCACGACAAGGUGACCAAGAACGAGCAGAUCGGCAAACUCUUCCUGGGCUGCCGAGCCACAGGCAACCAGCUCCGGCACUGGUCCGACAUGCUGUCCAGCCCCCGGCGACCCGUCGCCCAGUGGCACAGCCUGCAAGCCGUGGACGUGGUCGACAAGGCCCUGGGGCUGAAAACCCACCUCAAGCUGCCGCUGCCCGCCAGAUAGGGGGGCUCCUGUGUCUCCCUCAGCUCGCCCUCGCGGGACGCGGGAGUGACCACGGGCCAGGCUGGGCGGACCUGGGGGCUCUUUGCAGCCAAGGCUGAGGAGCAAGCUGGUCGCUAGUGCCCAGCGUAGCACCACGAACCAGCACGGCACAGCUCUGUGGAGCAGGGCAGAGGACGCUGGAGGGGACGGCAUGGGCACGGCAACCAGCUCGUCGCAUCCGCUGGCGGGUGGAGGGGAGAUAUGCCCAGAGCUUCGAGCUCCUGUGGUAGCAGUGAGUCUGUCAAUAUUUUUGAAGUAGAGGACUGAUGUGCUAGCACCUCGGAGUGGGUAUUUAUUUCGCUUGUGAACAACCGGGCAAGGGUUGAGCUCUUGGCUGCUUCCUAACUGUGUCCUGGGGAGGUGGAAGGAGGGAAGACUUUCAAACAAGGCAAAGAUCUUGAAGCAGUAGGUCAGGGAAGGAUCCUAAGAGGUGUGGGCUUCAAACAUGGAGAGAUAGAGGAUGGGCUGGUGAGGAAGGUGGCUGCUCUGAGGGCUGGGCUGCCUCCUUGCAUUUCUUCCGGGCAGGCUGUGCAUCCCCUGGAGGCUCCUUGUACCCGCUGUCCCCUCCGCGGUGCCUUGGGGUAGGGGUGUGUAAGUAAACGUCCCUCGUGGUGUGCUUGAGAGAGGCCGACCUCCCGCCUGUCCCCGCAGCGCUGCGGUUUGGGUGGCUCGGGGGCAGCUCCUCUGACCCUCUGCAGGAGGAAACCCGGCUGACUCCAGCUCAGCGUCCUCCAGGGCUCCGCGGGGCCGGCGUGGGGGACGUGCCCCAGCAGCGCCCUGAAUGUGCGUUUCAAGGGGAUGUUUAGGAGGGGGAUUGCUCUCAAGCGAGUUUUUGCUUUAACCGAGGAGGCAAAAGAGGAGCGAAGCCAGGUUUGCUCCGUUGUGCCUUGACACCCAUGCCUGCCUUUGCAUCCUCGCUCCCACUGCAGGAACAGCAAGGGAAAGGGAAAGGAGGGAAUUGCCCUUUCUCUAAAAUACUCCAGCAAGACUCCAGUCUCCUGGCCUUGUGCUACAAAGCAGCCGUAGCGUAUGGCAGAUUUGGCCUCAUAUUGCAUUCGGGCCCAAAAGCCAAAAGGAACAUUAUUUGCCCCAGCACUAUCGGGCGCGAUAGCAUCCUGCGGGCAUCGCGUAGGGAGCUGCAGAAGCAACGCCAGUAGCUAUCGUCCGGCCUCCGGGGCCGGGGAGAGCCGGACCUGUUAGUGAAGACCACUAAUAUUGGAGAGCAGUUAAUCUUCAGUUAUCUGCAGUUCCUCUGAAUGCCUGCUGGAGAGUUAAGCAAAUACUGUGAAGCUGAGGAAGGCUGUGAAAACUCUCGGUAGAGAUUAAUAACCUGAGCUUAACUUUAAAAAAAAAAAAAAAAAAAAA